CAGAUCAUUACGUUGCCUUCAAAAUCAACCAAAUUUCCGAACCCGAAUCCGCUACUCGGAUCCUCCGGCUGCCUCCAACAAUGUCGAAACAGACGUACAGCGUCUGUUUCUGUUUCCGUCGGCGGUUCCAGCUAGCCGAGGCCGAGGCUCCGGCUGAGAUUAGGGAGAUAUUCGAUCAAUACUCGGAAAAUGGGUUGAUGAGCGUCGAAAACCUCCAUCGCUUCCUGAUCGAGGUUCAGAAGGAGGAGAACACAACCAUUGAGGACGCUCAGGCCAUCCUGGAUAGCCUCCAUCACCUCAAGCUUUUGCAUCACAAGGAUCUUCAUAUACAUGCCUUCUUCAAGUAUAUCUUUGGCGAUGCCAAUUCACCUAUCAAUCCUAAGCUCGGGAUUCACCACGAUAUGAACUCUCCAUUAUCUCACUACUUCAUAUACACGGGUCAUAAUUCUUAUUUAACUGGGAAUCAACUAAGUAGUGACUGCAGUGAUGCCCCUAUCAUAGAAGCCCUGAAAAGCGGUGUACGAGUAAUUGAGUUGGAUAUAUGGCCAAAUUCGGCAAAAGAUGAUGUGGAUGUUCUCCAUGGAAGAACACUGACCACUCCUGUGGCACUUAUCAAAUGUUUGAAGUCUAUUAAAGAGCAUGCCUUUUCUGCAUCUGAGUAUCCUGUGGUAAUAACACUUGAAGACCAUCUUACUCCAGACCUUCAGGCUAAAGUGGCAGAGAUGAUCACACAAACAUUUGGAGACAUGCUGUUUUCUCCUGGCUCAGAAUCUUUGAAGGAAUUUCCCUCACCAGAGUCGCUGAAAAAACGGGUUGUUAUAUCAACUAAACCACCUAAAGAAUACCUAAAGACCAAGGAAGUUGAGAAAGAGGGUGAGACCAAUAAAGAAAGUGAUUCAGCAGAGAGUGAUGCUUGGGGAAGAGAAGUUACAGAACUGACUGCAGAAAAUAAUGAUAAUAAGGAUGAUAGCGAUGAAGAAGAAGAAGAUGAUGAUGAUGAUGACCCAAAGUCAGAACAGAAUGCAGCACCAGAAUACAGGAAUUUGAUUGCCAUUCAUGCUGGAAAGGGGAAGGGUGGACUGUCUGACUGGUUGAGAGUUGAAACUGAUAAAGUGAGACGGCUUAGCUUGAGUGAGCAAGAGCUUCAAAAGGCUGUUUUGACUCAUGGAAAAGAAAUUAUCCGAUUCACUCAGCAAAAUUUAUUGAGAAUUUACCCUAAGGGCAUACGCUUUGACUCGUCCAAUUACAAUCCCUUAAUUGGUUGGACACAUGGAGCUCAAAUGGUGGCGUUUAAUAUGCAGGGUUACGGAAGAUCACUUUGGUUAAUGCAAGGCAUGUUCAGAGCCAAUGGUGGUUGUGGAUAUCUUAAGAAACCUGACUUAUUGUUGGGAUCCGGUACCACUUACGAAGUUUUUGAUCCUAAUGCUACACUGCUAGUUAAAACUACAUUGAAGGUUGCUGUAUAUAUGGGCGAAGGAUGGUAUCAAGACUUCCAUCAUGAUCAUUUUGAUCCUUAUUCACCUCCAGAUUUCUAUGCAAAGAUAGGUAUUGCUGGAGUUCCAGCAGAUUGUGUAAUGAAGAAGACAAAGGCAGUAGAGGACAACUGGAUCCCUACCUGGGAUGAGCAGUUUGAGUUCCCACUAACCGUUCCCGAAUUGGCUCUUCUCCGGUUAGAAGUUCACGAGUAUGAUGUCUCCGGGAAAGAUGACUUUGCCGGCCAAUCCUGCAUACCAAUCCCUGAGUUGAGACAAGGAAUCCGAGCAGCUCCUCUGUAUGAUCUCAAGGGUGAAAUGCAUAAAUCUGUAAAGCUUCUCUUGAAAUUUGAGUUUGUUUGAUCCCAUAUAGUCAGCCCUUAAGUUUUGUUCCCAAUGUCUGUAAAAUAAGAUUCCUUUUUUUGCUUUUUGGUUUUCAAAGCUUCAUGUAUAUGCCUUUGGUGUAGCCGUGUAGGUUCAUAUAUUAAGUAUACCCGUGGUUUGUCCCUUC